AUGAUACUGGGAAUGGAAUACAGGAAUACCGCCCUUUACGCCGCAGCUUCCAUUUGUCGCAUCAUAGUAAACAAUUAUAACGCCACUUUUUUGAUACCCUCAGAAAAUUUCUAUAUCAUGCGAUCACGGUUCCUUGAAAGCGAUUCGAAACUAAGUUGA